AAAACCCAAGCUAUAAACUAGAACCCUCUCUUUCUCAUUUGGUUCCCUUACUUUCCUGUUGUUCUUCUUAACCGCCCGACUAAGACGCAGGCAAGCAACCGAUGGCUAAGCAUUCAAGUGCCGAAGCCAAAGCCAAGAAGAAAACAAAGAAGAAAGCCAACAAAAAGGCAGGUCCAGAUGCCAUCUCCAUGAAGCUCAAGGCUCAAAAAUCCAACCCUUUCGAGACCAUCUGGUCUCGCCGCAAGUUCGACAUACUUGGCAAGAAACGCAAGGGAGAAGAACGCCGCGUUGGCCUUGCUCGUUCCCUAGCCAUCCAAAAGAGGAAGAAAACGCUAUUGAAAGAGUACGAGCAAAGUACAAAGUCUUCUGUUUUUGUGGAUAAGAGAAUUGGGGAACAGAAUGAUGAUCUGGGAGAGUUCGAAAAGGGUAUUAUGCGAUCUCAACGUGAGCGUCAGUUGAAAUUGGGCAAAAAGGGCAAGUUCAUUUUAUCAGAUGGAGAAGAAGAUGAGUUCAAUGCUCCAGAUUUUGGUUCCUUUCCAGAGAGGGAUGAUUUUGAGGAUGAAAUGCUGUCUGAUGAUGAUAAUGAUGGUGAUAACAAACGGCCAGCCAUCUUAAAGCAACUUAAUUCUCAUGGUGCACAGAAUCCGUCAGAAGGGGGUUUGGUAGAAGGAGCGGAAAAUAAGCACAAAACCAAGAAGGAAAUAAUGGAGGAGGUUAUUUUGAAGAGCAAGUAUUUCAAGGCACAAAAAGCAAGAGAUAAAGAAGAAAAUGAGCAGUUGAUGGAUGAAUUAGAUAAGAACUUCACAUCUUUAGUGCAGUCCAAGGUCUUAUUGUCUCUCACUGAACCAGGCAAGAUGAAUGCCUUGAAAGCUCUUGUGAACAAGGGUGUUCCAAAUGAGCAUGUGGAAAAGGAAGAUCUACUAGUUGCUCAGAGAGCAGAAACUUAUAAGCAGGAACAACCCGAUUUAUAUGAUAAACUUGUCAAUGAGAUGGUAUUGGAUAUGCGUGCUCGCCCGUCAGACAGGACAAAGACACCUGAGGAAAUUGCCCAAGACGAGCGGGAGCGACUAGAGCAAUUAGAGGAAGAGCGUCAGAAGAGGAUGUUAGCAAAGGAUUACUCCAGUGAUGAAGAUGGUGAAAAUGUUGAGAAAGAUUCUGCCCAGAGGCCAAGGUCUAUAUCAGGAGAUGAUCUUGGUGAUUCUUUUGCACUUGAUGAGGACCUUGGGAGUAAAAAGGGCUGGGUUGAUGAGAUUCUUGAAAGAAAGGAUGCAGAUGAUUCUGAGAAUGAAGAUGAGGAUGCUUCUGAAAAUUCAGAAAGUGCUGAAGAUACUGGUGAAGAUGAAGGAUCUGAAGAAGAAGAAGAAGAAGAAGAUGAUGAUGACGAUGAUGAAUGUGAAAAGACUCUAACUCUGAAGGAUUGGGAGCAGAGUGAUGAAGACAAUCUUGUUAUGGAUUUGGACGAGGAUGAAGAGGAGCAAGAUCAUGAUGAUGUCAUUGGUGAUAAAGAUGUGGAGCAAAGAGGCCGUAACAAGCCAAAUAAAACUGAACCUAGGAAAGAAGAUGUUGAGUCUGUGGAUGCUAAAAGAAUCAAAUCAAGUGUCAAACAUACUUCAACUAAACCAGACAUUCCCUUUUUAAUUGAAGCUCCAAGGAGCUUAGAGGAACUGUCUUCUUUAUUGGAGAAUUGUUCUAAUGGUGACGUUAUUGUGAUCGUCAAUCGAAUUCGGGCAAGCAAUGCAAUUAAGCUUGCUGCAGAAAAUCGGAAGAAAAUGCAACCACUGAUGGAGAUUAGUAUGGAGAUUCCAUAUUUCUCUGCAAUAUGUGCUCGUCAAAGAAUCUUACGAACUCGCACACAAUUUUGUGAGGCUCUCAAGAACCAAGAAAAUGGAUGUUGGCCUACCUUGAAAACAUUGUUUCUCCUGAGGUUAUGGUCCAUGGUUUUUCCAUGCUCUGACUUUCGUCAUGUAGUCAUGACUCCAGCAAUAUUAUUAAUGUGCGAGUAUUUGAUGCGUUGUCCCAUAAUGUCGGGUCGAGAUGUUGCUAUUGGUUCAUUUUUAUGUUCCAUGGUUCUCAUGAUUACCAAACAAUCUCGAAAGUUUUGUCCAGAAGCUAUAAUGUUCCUCCGAACUUUGCUAAUGGCAGCUACAGACCCAAAACUAGCAUCAGAGCAAGAUUCUCAGCAGUUUUGUCAUCUUAUGGAGCUGAAAGCACUCAGGCCCCUGUUACGCAUACAUGAUUGUGUGGAUGAGAUUAAUCCUCUGAAUUUUAUCAUGGUAAUGGACAUCUCAGAUGACUCCUCAUUUUUCAGCUCUGAUAAUUUCAGGGCUAGUUCUCUGGUAACUGUGAUUGAAACUUUGCGAGGAUUUGUUGAGAUCUAUGAGGAAUUGAAUUCCUUUCCUGAAAUUUUCCUUCCAAUCUCAACAUUGUUACUUGAAGUUUCACAGCAGAAACACUUACCAGAGGCACUGAGAGAUAAAUUUAAGGAAGUUUCUCAACUCAUUAAGAAGAAAGCUGAUGAAACACAUAUGCUGCGGAGACCACUUCAGCUGCUGAAGCAGAAGCCAGUGCCUAUCAAGUUGCUAAAUCCCAAAUUUGAAGAGAAUUUUGUUAAAGGUAGAGACUAUGAUCCUGACCGAGAACGAGCAGAGAGAAGAAAGUUGCAAAAACUGAUAAAACGUGAAGCUAAAGGUGCAGCUCGUGAGCUGCGUAAGGACAAUUAUUUCUUGUAUGAGGUAAAGCAAAGAGACAAGGAAUUACAGGAAAAAGAAAGAGCAGACAACUAUGGAAGGGCAAUAGCUUUUCUCCAAGAACAGGAGCAUGCCUUUAAAUCUGGACAAUUAGGUAAAGGCAGGAAAAGAAGGAGAUGAAGCUAACUUAAAUGCUAGUGUUAAAUUUUCUCACCCAAUUAUAGAAUAUUGUGAUUCUUGAUAGUGUUUGGCGGAUUCAAUACACCGAUAGGGUACUCAUUUCCUUUGUAUUCUUUCCCUUCGCCACAAGGCAAUGACAAGCAGCCCAACGAUUAUUCUCCGAAUGCAACCUUUGUGCUACUUAAAGAUUGUUCAGUAUGAAGACAAGCUGGUUAUACUUAUUGCAUGU